AUGCUUGCAGCCAAUGCCGGUCCACUUCAACAGUCAGUGGCCAGCCUUGGCCUCGACUUUGCACCUCUACCCAUUUUGGACUUGCAGACUCAGCCAUAUAGGAUCUCACAGAUUAAUCACUUCGAUAGAUCCUUUGCGGAGUCGCAGCUAAAACACGAAGCAACUUCCAUCCGGGGAUCGCAAAGAUUUCUUCGUCGGGUCACGUCAAGACUUAGUCGCCCUGAUACCACAUUCACAGCCGCUGCUCUGUCAAGCCAUGUCGAGUCCAAUGGAACCGCUGUCGUUGCUCAGAUCUAUAUCGAGAUGCUCGAGGUUGCCGCUGCCCAUUCAUCCGAGAAGUUUGAGGUUCCCGGAAAUCUCAUUAUCACCGCUGCAAAAAAUUCAAACCUGGAACUAGUGAAGUUGCUUGCUUCCUUUUCUUCAGUCAACAGCCUUGGCUUAGCUCUCGGUAUCGCUAUACUGAACAGAGACCAAUCAAUUGUCAGGAUCUUGCUUGAAAAGGGUGGUGACACAGAUCACUUACCAUUAUCCACACUCUCCUCUGUCGCAGUGGUUCACCAACAAAUCUUUCAAUUGAUCCUACAAGCACCAAAACAGCUUCCCUAUCAUAAAUUUGGCUAUCUCUGUGCCGAAGCCAUCCACAAUGGUAGUCCUAAUGCACUAGCAGUAUUACUUCGACGUUUGCCAGAUUACACGAUCCUCGCAGAGAGCGCCUCAAAAUGGAACCGAGAUAUUCUUCUUCAAAUCGCGAUAGCCUCGCAGUAUGAAAGCGCCUUCUUCGCUGUUGCAGCCGCAACGGCUUCUUGGCCGUUGCUUGAUGGACAACUAUUCUUUCAUGUACUUGACUACGCUCGUCCUUUGAUUGUGCAGGAUAUGAUGGAUGUUCUUCUUGGCCUGCACAGCUCUUCAUUCGACCUUCCAGUGCAAACACAGCUCGAAUCUCUCCUUUGCCGUUGUAUCGAAGAUGGUUCCGACGAUAUACUUCGUUCUUUUGUUGACCAUGGCCUUCAGAUCUCUGCUAGAGUUACUUGUUACGCAGUUGAAAGACGUAAGCAGCAGAGUCUUGAGAUACUAUUGAGAGGAAAUAUCCAGGGCGAUGCGGCGAUCCUCUCUUGCAUAGAAUCGUCAUUCGGACAAUCUGCUGAGCCAUUGCGAGAAAGGGUGUUAUCGCGGCUUUUACACUGCCAGAAUCGAGGAUCCUGGAUACAACAAGAGCUACUGAGGGCGGUUUUUGUGAGCCAGACCAGCCUAAUCUCUCCACUUGUUGAUUCCGGGGCGUCGGUGGAUUUCAAUCAUGGCGAGUGUCUCAAAUUUGCCGUCAUCGCUGACAACAUUCCUGUCGUCAAAGCUUUGUUGGCCCACGAUGUAGCACUGUCGACGCUGCAACUGAUAUUCCCCUUCAUCCGCCGAGAAGAGCCAUUAUCGCACAGGCUGGUCACCAAGAUGUUUCUGAGAAAAGGAGUAUCCGGGGACUGUGUCGAUGUUGUCUUCAACGAAUUAUUAUGCGAUUAUUCUCCGUCAAGAGAUUCCGAACUUCUAGAAGUUUUCAUUGCCACGGCCUCUUGUUGUCAAAUCCAAUCACUUCUUGUUGCUAUGGAGCACCAUGAUUCAGCAAUAUUCGACAAAAUGCGGCUAUCCUUCGGCCUUCGCUACAACGGGGUUUCUGAAUGGUUCGAUGCUUAUCAUUGCAACUUAGUUGAUCAGCUAUAUCAGGCACCUCUGAAAGAUUAUGUAGAAGAGGUAAAAGCCGCAGAUACGACUGCUUCCAUCGGCUCUUGCAACACCGAGGUCAUGAUCUCCAACUCCUCUCAGCAAUGGAUAGUGCUCCAAAAGCUUUUAGCGCUAAGAGUACCGCUGGAAACCAUUUCGAAUUCAUUUGGCCCAGAUUUGCAUACACUCGCCCCUGCUGGUCUUCAAAUCAUCCUUGAGUCCGCGACUCUGUCGCUCCAUGAUGAGAGCCAUAUCUCCAUGUUACAACAUAGUUUCGAUUGGGCAUGUUGUUCUCAUGAUUAUCCGCGCUCACUCAUCCUAGCUUCAAAGUUCCCGCAUAAGCUCGAGAUCACUAAUAUCUUGGACAUUCUGAAGGAUGAGAUAAAAGAAGACGGCGAGAGUGACUGGUUUUGUAAAGUUCUCGACUUGACGACGCCAAGCGCGACUGGUCUCGCAGUUCUAUGGCAACAUCUUCAGCAAGGCUCUCUCCAAGCUGUGGCACCCGGGAAGGUCCAGGCUCUGCUUAAGGCAGGUGCAACCGGAACUCUAGUAUCAGACACGUUGAUGUGCAGUGUGUCAGAGGGGAAUCAUACUCUUGUGAAUCUGGUUCUUGAGCACUGGGGCAUGGAUCGGUGUCGGAGUGGCCGUGCAACUUUCGACUUCAAGAGACGACUCACCAGUCCUCGUGUUGAGACCAGAGUAGCGGAGAUGCCUUCCAGUCGUGUGUUCUACCAGGCUCUCGGCGAUGCCCUGUCAGCCGCGAUUACCAAGGGGGAUUUGGAAAUGUGCAAACUGCUAGUUACCGCGGGGGCUCCACUCAUUCACAAUGAAAGAGUCGUCAUCAUGGACGCCGUGUUAUCUAUGGACGCCCAUACUCUGCUUGCUUUCAUAAGCAUUUGCGCCAGCGUUGAUGACUUUGGAAAUCCCGGUGUUGAUUACGCCCUCCUUGAAGCUGUGAAAUUCGGGCGUCCAGCUUCUGCCAGGGCAAUGGUUGAGGCUGGUGGUUCUGUGCUGGCAUACGACUGUGAAUGCUUGAAGAUCGCGAUAGAUACAGCUUGCCAGGGGAAAAUGGAAAUGCUUGAAAUGCUCACGGCCUUGAGACCUACCCAAGACACACUCUCUUUUAUCGCAGAAGAAAUGAGCCCUAGAUUGCGUUUACCCGCGGAUAACCCGGACAGAUUUUGUGAGAUAUUUGGGCUCCUCCAUUUGAAAGGGUUGGUGGAGGCGAAAUACUACAAUCCAGCGUUCGUCAACUUGUGUAGGAUGAAGUCAACAACAUGGGAUAAUGCUCAAAGCUUUCUUGAAUAUGGUGCUCAUGUUACUUGGUCAGAAGGGGCUUGCAUGCGAGCCGCUUGGAGACAUGGAAACCUGCAAUUGUUUCCACAACUCUUUCACCAAUGUCAGGAACAAGUCGUUUUGAACAAUCUCUUCGAGACUGCGGUCUCUGACCAUACAAGUGGUAAGCUUUCAGGAUACCUUCAGCUUCACGAAGAUGUGCUUGUUGUUCUCGCUCCUCUGCUUGUGACGAAUCUCCCUCAAAAUGCCCGGAAUCAAGCACUGUCAAAGGCUUCGACCGUGCUGGACCCUAGUAUACAACUACUGGAAUUAAUGGUGGAGACUGGAGCCCGCCUCGACCAAGACGGGGGUGAAACUCUCUAUCGCUUGUGUCACCAUAAUCUAGGACAUUCACUGAUCAAAUCGUGUCUCCCACCCAUGAAGGCCAGACUACAGGCCUUGAAACUGCUCUUCAACUGCAAAACCUUACGGAAUCUGCCAAUCAACACCUUCACUGAUUCGAAGAAGAAUGAGAAUUUUCGGACUUACCUGGAUCUCAUACUCUGGCCCGACACAACUCCAGACGCCUUCGUCCCAACGCAGGAACAUGUAGCCCUAUUCGACACCAUGUUGGAGGUGCACCACGGAACAGAGUCUUCCAAAUUAAUAGAGAAUUUCUUGUUGACUACACAGGGUCUCGGCUUCAUUUCAACUUAUUGUGCACGAUUAGGUUGCUAUGCGAUGGAAGUGUUGCUCAGCGCUGAAAUCAUGGCACCAAAGCAGGAUGGUUAUGAUCGACAAAUUGAGUUGAUCAUCCGGGCACUUCAGAUUAGCGCUCCACGAGUUCUUGCUGGGUUCGAAUUACAACGCGUCAAUGCCGAGCAGUUCUUUGACUGCCUGUCAGAUCAAGACAAUCAUGUCACUGAGCACCAGCCUGCUCCUAUGUACCUGCGAGCAAUACCAGACUGCCCUACCACGAAUCGCUAUGUGGACACUGAUGGCUUUGAAUACAAGUUCGGUGUAGGGGAGAGCAAGACCGAGGAGAACCAGCAACAAGGACGUUCACUCUCACGAAGUUCCAUGAAUCGGCUCUUGUUCCUUGCUAUGAAGCGCCGGAGGACGACAACACUAGUCUCUACACUACUCGAAUGUGGUGCAGAACCACAUGGGACUGACCCAGAAGGCAGAUCCGCCCUAUAUCUGGCUACGUCUCUCCAGGACUGUUACUGUUCGGCUAUGAAUAAAUUGAUCAGCAAAGGCGCUCCUCCUGACGAUGGGAGCCUUCAUCUGGCCACCUGUAACCAAGACCUUCCAGCUAUACGGGUACUUCUAGAAGCGGGCCAUAGCCUUGGUCACCGAUCGCCACUACACCAAGACUCAACAGUCAUGGAAGCUUUUCUACGUUAUGAUCACCCUGAAUGCAAGAGGAAGACCUUGGUAGCGACUUUGAACAUUCUUCUCAAGGAUGCAGAUUGGGGUAAUAUAGUUUGGCAAGCUCGGCCGAACUUAUCAGGCAUCGCGCUCGAAGGUAGAUGGCCCUAUGAGUCUAUCUCCGCUCUUCUAGAAUUCAGACCCUCCACAGGGGUAAAGACUUCACUACUUCGUUGCGGAACUUUUCGGUAUUCCUUACUAAGUGCUGUGAAGAAAUGGGACACGUGCGGAAGGCUCAAGGAUGGCGACCGUCAGAAGCUAAUCACCAGGCUUGCCAGCUUGGGCUUCAAGGAGAAAUAUUACGCUAGCGAAGGACCACAGCCCAAAGAUGCCAUUGGCAUACCCGAGCGACUGCUCGAUGCUGACAGUAGAAGCCGUCUCCUAGCCUGGCAAGAAAAGGAGUGCUCAGUGUGUGGCGACAAGCCGGAAGAACCAAAGGACAUCUACUCCCACCUGUGCACUCCAUGUAUGCCAAAGCACGGGUGGCAAAAUGAAAUAAUUUGCAAGGACUGUCUCCAGCAGUGCCUCGAGUCCAGAAUGUUCCCUACCGAAGACGAAAGAUUCCCCUCAGACAAUGUCCUCUGCUGGGCCCCCAACUGUGGAGAAGUUCUCAGCCACCCUACCAUCCAGAAAUAUGCCGAUGCGAAACGAUUCGCUACAUACGACGAAGCGUUGUGUCAGAAACUCCUACACGCCGGUCAAAGCAUGGCCAAGUGCUCACGGAAAGAUUGCAAGGGGGCCAUAUGGCUCGAUCCAGUCAGCGACAAGAACGUCACAGUCUUCAAUUGCCCCGUAUGCGACCAUCCCGGCGAAGCAGCGAAACUCAACGCGCGGAGGAAGGAAGAGGAGAAGCUGACAACGGCUUUCAUGAAGAAGGAGAAAAAAUGCCCCAAGUGUAAGAUGGCUUACCACAGAAUCGAAGGGUGCGAUCACAUCGUCUGUGGGAAAGAUGCGCAUUCCGCCGCCAAAUCCUUGGGAUGUGGUUUCGAAUUCUGCUACCUGUGUGAUGCCGACUACAAGGAAAUUCGUGCCAAAGGCAACAAAUCCCAUGCAAAGUCGUGUCCGCAUUAUGCAUAA